AUGAAAGAAGACGACACUUCGAUAUCAUAGAAGAAGAUAGAUGAAUUAAUUAGAGAAUAAAAAUACGCUGCACUUAUCUAAUUGAUUUCUAAAAGAGAUCCUAGUAGACUAAAACAAUACAAUUCCUUAAAAAUAAAGAAUUAAAUCUUCAGAUUAAAUUAAGAUGUUGCUGUCUGUGCUAAUAACAAUGAUGUUUACUCAGGAAAACUAAUCAAGAUUUAUUGCAUUAAAGAUUAAAAUAAUCAAUAUGUUCCUGUAAUAUAGGUUUAAUGGUAUUACACAAAAUAAGAUCUAAAUUUAGAUAAGAAACUCAUGAAAUGCAUUUCAAUUAAGGAAUUGUUUUUUUCAACACAUGUUGAGUUUUUGGCGGCUAAUAAAUUAUAAUGUCCAAUAGAAGUGAUGACAUUUGAUCAAUACACAUAAUUGGAAUAUGAAGAAGAAACGAAAUUCUUCAGUAGAGCAGCCAUAGAUCUUAAAACAAUGGAACCUAUGCCAACAGUUGGUGAAUGGCCAAAAUCAUGUGUUUGUAGGAUGCCUUAAAAUCCUGAUAUAUAAAUGAUUCAAUGUGAAACAUGUGGAGAGUGGUUUCAUUUGGAUUGUGUUAAUAUAAAACCAGAAGAAGCAGAACAAAUUGAACAUUAUAAAUGUCCAGGUUGCUAAUGA